UUUUCUCUCAUAGAGUUAUGAACGAAAGACGGCCCUGGGCGGGACGGUGCUCAUUGGUGACGUUUCAAGUCGGGCAAAUGGCGUCGACAUCGCGUCGACAGCGACGAAAGCAGUUACUUAACAAGAGAGCUGCUGGAAGGUUUGGGGUAUGGGAGCGUAAAAAGCUGUACGGCCGCUCCGUCGCUAUGGAUGAAAAAAUGAAUGAAAGGAAGAAAGAAAAGGAGAAAAAUCGUCGUCAGCCAGCAUACCCCCCCCCCCCCUCCUUCUAUUAA